AUGUCUGACCGCCGCGGAGGACAGCGGACUACGACCGCCGGGACACGCGGGAUUGGCGAACCAGAGAUCGCGAUGGUCGAGACGACUAUGGCCGCAGCGAACGCAGGAGAAGCCGUUCUCGGAGUCCCAGACGAGGUGGCCGCAGCGAGAGAGAUAGAGAUGGAAGAGUUUGUGACGUUAUUGAUUACAGACAGACGGACGAUCCCGAAGGACGAUGACCGGCGGGAACACAGGCGAGACGACCGAGCCAGACACGAUGAUGAUCGUGGCCCAGCUCGAAGGGAUGACGGCCGCGGUUCUCGUGACGACAGGGACAAGGACAGGGAUUCACGCCAGCGAAAACCUGGUGUGGAAGAUUCAUCAGCGAAGCCCCCCAACGGUCCACCUCCACCAGAGCCUGAUGCUCCACCGCCACGAGACUCAAAUGUAGGGGGCGAAAUCGAGGAAGGUGAAGACAUGGAAGAAGACGAGGAGGACAUGAUGGCUGCCAUGGGCUUUGGUGGAUUUGACAGCACCAAAGGAAAAUCCGUUAAUGGGAACCAGCAAGGUGCCGCUAACGUUAAGAAGCAGAGGACGUGGCGUCAAUACAUGAACCGGAAGGGAGGCUUCAACAGACCUUUGGACAAAGUCAAGUGA